AUGGGUGGAUUUGAUAAGAAGGAGUUGCUUCAUUGGAUCCCACUAGGCCUCGAAGCAGAAGUGAGUGAAACGGGUUGGGAGGCCACUUCUAUAAGGUUGAGUUGCAGACGUGUGGUAGCAAUAGACAUUCCGGCCCAUAGGAUCCUAAAGGUUUGCGAUCAUGUGGGCUAUGGACACGAGUUGAUAGUCGACCUCGAAUCCAUAGAACGGCCCGGCGGACUGGUGACAAGCGAGGCGAUAUAUUCCUGCCUCUUGUGUCAGAACCCUAUACGUUCGAUCGAGGAGACAGGGACCAAGACUUUAGGCGAGAACACCGUAAUCCCGUCUUCAACACAGGCCGUAGUGCAGAUGGCAAAUAUCGACCUCGUGGUGUUUAUUCACACAAUUUUGUUCAUAGGCGACUCGCAGUGGCCCAUAAUUGAAUAG